CAGAUGCUCGUAUCUGCUGUCCAUAUGUUGUAUUAUUGUUUGAUGUGACACCAAUUUCCACUGUUUGUUUCAGCCAUGGAAGCUAUUAGGUGUUCAGUGGAAUCUUUUGCAGAGUUCGGUUUGUCCAACAGAGCCAACGUGAAGUUACUUUUGACUGGGACAACAGUUAUUUUUUGCACUGGUAGCGACAUACUCCUAUUCAGCAGCAAAGACAAGAAACUCUCAGCUGUUCUUCAGUUUGACACUCCUGUUACACAUCUGGCGAUUAGUGCUGGACGUCAUAUUUAUGUUCUCUGUGAGAAAGAUGGCAUUUAUUGCACCAAGUCUACCACAACAGUCCAGGCCUCCCUCUCCAACAGCUGUCGUGGAUCAAGAUCCCGUUUUGCAGAGAGUGGCAGCAGACUCCGUUCUGCUCAGAGACCCGACGAUUGACUCUUUCCUCUUGGCAGGGGACCUCCUCAUCACUGCCUCUCAGGAGGGGGCCACACGGACCUUGAGUCUCUACAGAGUGUCGGACGGCUCCUUCUCCAAACCCGUCAGCCUCCGCAAACUAGCAGAGCACCGCGUGUCAGCCAUUACUAAUGCGGCACAACCACACGGAGAGGCUGAAGUGAAUGUGGAUGGAGGAGGCUCGUGCUCCGUGUUGAGUUGCAUCUACCCCAGUGGAGGCGCCUCAGCACCAGAAGACCUGAGCGGAUCUCCUGGCUGUUUCCUGCUGGAGCCGGUUCUCUUCAGCCUCCUGUUUGGGGUGGACGCUGCCCUGGUCAACUCCCCCGUGGUCCUCCUCGGCUUGCCGGACGGGCGUCUGUGCUACCUGCCCGUUCGGAUCCCCACGUCGUCCACGCCGGGGGGAAAGAGGGCGGGGCUGAGAGUCCUGCACAGCCUGGAGCAGCCGAGGGGGGCGCUGUUGAGCUGCUGGCGCUCUCUCGCCGCGGAAGGCUCCAGAAGAUCCGUCUUCCUCAGGGGACCACUGGGAGCAGUGUGGCCAGGCUGCCCUCAUCUCUGGCGGGGCAGAGAGUGAAGGACCUCCUGGCAGGGAUUGGGAAUGUCUGGGAGAGGGCAUCUGCACUUAAAGACACCGUUCAGCACCGGAACAAGAGCUUGAGGCUUCUCAACCAAGUUCUCAAUGUAUGCAGUCUGAUGUCCAAUCAGAAAGCAGAAAAGCAGGCAUGUGACCAUCAGCUGCCAAUCAGCUGCCACGGUGUCACUAGUUGGAGUUGUGUGCUGCAGAACGAUUCCCUGAUGCUCACUUGCACGUUGGAGAACAACAGUGCUUUCACCCUAGAACACGGCUGGUCUCUCUGUGUCCAUAUCUAUCACUUGUCCGGUUCCUUCACCGCUGAUAGAGAGAACCCUUCGAGAACGUACACUUUCCCAGUCCAGAAGCUGAGCUCGGGGCAGAAGCUUGACGUGACACUGCCUCUAGGUUCCGGUCACUCUCUCUCUCUACCUCUGACUGUGCAUUGUUCUCUCAUGUUCUCCAUGUGUUCUCUUGGUUCUCCAGAGGAUCCCAACCUUCCAGAGAACACGGGCAUUCUAGAGAACAUUCAGCCCUCAUCAAUACCCACCCGCCAAUCAAACUGCAUCUGUCUGCACCUGAACACACUAACAGUAGACCUGCUGGACGCACUGCAUCUCGACGAUACCGUGUCACUCAGCAGCGUCUCCAGGCAACCCCCCGCCCCGCUCGACGCCGUCCGCACCCUCCUCGACUCCAGAGGGACGGUGAGCGGCGACCAGGGGUUGACCCAGGGUCAGAGGUCGUCGCCGUACUCGGCAGUAGUGAAGCUCUCCGUGGAGCUCCUGAGAGCCAGCCUCAAAGCUCCAGGGGUGGAGGCAGGCGCAGGGGAGCCGGGGGCCAGCGUGCCCGCUCUGAGGUGGCUGCUGAGCGGGUGUCCUGGGGCCGGGGGCCUGGUGGAGGGUCUCCAGAAGCCCACGGUGACCGGGCGGUGUCCUGCAGGCCACACGGCCAGGAUGACCAUCAAAGAGGUGACCCUGAGCGACGUGUCCAUAGAGGGCCCAUUAGCGGUCUUAGAGGUUCUGAUAGAGAGCUUCUCCAUGGCAACCGUGUGCGGACUACACUAUGCAGUGCUCCGACGCAUCCGGGCCCUGCCCAGGCCCAUUCAGCCGUGUCAUAAAGCAGGCAUGCAGCUGAGAGAAGGUCAUCUGAGGCAGGCUAUGCAGCGCGCUGAGAUGCUGCAUAAAGCCCUUCAGGAGGCCCUGGUGCCCGUCGCCAUGGGAGUCAGCCCCAGCAGCAUCAGGACCAGCCACAAGCUGCUCAGCAUCUACCAGCAGCUCCGAGAAAACCCACUGCUCAUCCUACGGUCAUUUCAUUGAAGGCUUCAGUGGUCAUGAAGAACCAUCGUUUCUGUGCGUGAUGAGGGGGAGGAAUUAAACUGAGCAUCAGAUCUUCUAAAUUUCAGAUAUUAAUACUUAUAAACUGUCAAGUUGUAUGUGCUGUGCUGAAGCCCUUUCCAUUGAGAAACAAUAACAAUGAAGCCUGAAAAAAAAAAUGCUACGUUAAGGGAAAAGAAAAGAAAGUCAAAGUACUACUAUUUAUGUAAAUAAAAGAGAUGGAUUUCA